GUCAAAAUCAUAUUUAUUUCAUCGUAAAAGAUUUAUAUCAAAAUUAUUCAAAUAUUUUCAAAAUGCGCUCAAAACGUGAACCAAAAUGAAAUUUUUACUAAUAUAAUACCAAUGACAAUCAAAAUUUAAGACUAUGAGUUCCCAAACAAGCAUUUACCACGAGCGGCAAGUAAGAGAAUUAUGUGCUUUGCACGCUCUAAACAAUCUAUUCCAAGUCGAAGGUUUUUUCAAUAAAAGGGAAUUGGAUACAAUAUGCAAUUCCUUAGCACCAGAUGUCUGGAUAAAUCCACACAAAUCUGUUUUAGGAUUAGGAAACUAUGAUAUUAAUGUAAUUAUGGCUGCUUUGCAAACCAAAGGAUUCGAAGCAGUUUGGUUUGAUAAAAGAAAGGAUCCUAGUCAUUUAAAUGUUCAAAAUAUUUGUGGAUUUAUACUAAAUGUACCUUCUGAUUACAAACUCGGUUUUGUAAUGCUUCCUUUAAGGCGAAGACAUUGGAUAGCUAUUAAAUCUAUAAGAGGAACUUUUUAUAACUUAGAUUCAAAGUUGACCUCGCCACAGCCUAUAGGAAGCGAAAGUGAAUUAAUUGAGUUUUUAAAAAGCGAACUGCGAAAUAAGGAAAAAGAAUUAUUUAUUAUAGUCAAUAGUGAAACUGCUAAAUCUCAUAAGUGGAUGAACAAUAUUAAUGAACAAAAUAACUAUGUCAAUUCAAAUUUACAUAAUACGUGA